AUGAGUGGAUACAAGGGUAUGAGGCUUCCGUCCGGGUCGGGUUUGUUGCUGUCGUUCAGCGACUUGCGUUCACCCGGAAGGAAGGAGGGAACGGAGAGUGUAGCAGUUCUCAUCGCCCAACGAUAUGUCGUUUCACCUCUUAGUUGCUUUGGUUACAGACGCCGAAUUGCUGAACACCUGAUGACCGCCCCUAACGUAUGCCUGGUCACGUCCACCUCUGAGUUUCACAACCUGUUGGGAUAUUGUGCCGCACAGAACAAACUAGUCAUUAUGGAUUUCUUUGCCGAAUGCUGCCAGUCCUGUCAAUGGAUAGCGCCCUACUUCCACCAGUUAUCGCAAGAUUUUUGGCCACGCGAUGUGCUUUUCGCCAUGGUUGAUUGUAACCGAUCUCAAGAUUUGUGUGUGCAGGAGUUUGUCUCUGUAUUUCCAACAUUUAAAUUGUACAAAAAUAGGGAAUGUGUGGGCACUGUACGCGGUGCAGAUCCAUUAAAAUUGCUUCAGCUACUGAACAAGUAUGCCACAAGUCCUGUGGUUGUGCAACUUCGCCAGUGUGAAGAUGCCCAGGUGCGAAACGUUACCGCCCGGUUGCUGACACACUGCCUGGUGAACCUCCUUUCCACACGAGCUAUUGUUCCGACGGAUACAGAGGAUUUCCAUCAAAUGCCUCGUUAUUUUCCCGGAAUGUUGGAGUGCUUAUUGUUCUGUGGAUAUGCGCAACGAGGUGAUUAUUUGGAGCCACUCCCAGAGUCAUCGAUUGAUAAAAAUUUUGUCCGAAUGAUAUUAGAUCAACUCAGACCCUUUUCCCAUGAAAAACCCGAGGCGGUGGUCCAACCCCAGUCAUCGAGUCAACCACAACCACAGCACGUUCUUCCACCGGUGGAUCAGUUUUACGCGAUCACUUCGUACAAGAUCAGAAUUUUGCGUUACUUGGACCCGGCAGCUCAAUCUCUCGCCCGUAGCUUCUUACCUUUGGAUCAUCUGGUUGAACUGGCUGCGCAUAAGGCUGAAUGUCCUAUCGAACAGGUGAAACCCAGAGAUUUUCUUCACGAAAUGCUCCGCUGGUUCAGGGAAGAAUUUUUCAGAUGGGUUGAAGAUUUUUAUUGUGACAUAUGUAAGGCCAAAAUGAACUUAGCGGAAAUCGCACCUCCUUGGGGGUCAGAAAUUGAAGGUGAUGCUCAAAUGGUGGAGGUCUUUCGCUGUCCAUCUGGCCACUCUGUCCAUCGGUUUCCCCGAUACAACAACCCGGCGACUCUACUGCAAACGCGUUUUGGUCGAUGUGGUGAAUGGACCAGCUGUUUUAUACUGCUUCUUGUGUCUGCUCGUCGUCCCUCGAAUGUGGACGGAGGAAGACCGUGGUUUCCCGCAUGCCGUUACAUUUCUGAUCUGUCCGAUCAUGUAUGGUGCGAAAUCUGGUUGGAAGACCCGGAUUCCGGAGACUAUCGUUGGGUACAUUGCGACCCUAGUGGUGAGGUCGAUCAACCUCUUCUCUAUGAAUGUGGUUGGGGCAAGGAGCUCCAAUACGUAUUUGCUUACACCAUUCCCCCACUCUGCUUCGAUUUUUCUGACCCUCAGUCUCUUCAGGCGGUCGACAUUCAGGACGUGACAUGGAGGUAUACAAGAAAUUUUAAGGAAAUCAUAUCCCGUCGCAAAUAUUUUUCCGAAGGAUAUUUGGCCGCCUACCUGGUCAACAUUCAUCUAACUGCAGUUGCUGCUUGGAACAUGAAGCGUAGUUUGGUCCCUGGGGAUGAUGUUCAAAAUCCCUUCUCAAUGCAUCAGGUAAUACGUGAACUGUGCUCCUUUUUUAAACCUCCCAAAGCACCGGAGCGGCCGUUGCCUGGUCGCAGAACCGGUCCAUUGGAGUGGCGGCGCGCUCGUGGUGAGCUGGGCCCGGGGGGUGUGUCAGCAGAACCCAGUUGGGAGGGCGAUAAUAUUGUUCUUGAACCUUCCACCGAAGAGUUGAAAAACGGCAUGUUCUACCUCAGAUACAACUCUGCCUUGGACAUUUAUCAGCGACCUUUUUUGAAUGAGGGGGAACGUACUUGGACCGGUCAGUCUUCGAAGAAUUCGGAUGAAUUGAUCAAACAUGCAACGGACGCUGGGCUUUCCGGCUGGCGUUCCGUGGCCAAUAGAUGGCGAAAUAUAGACAGAAAGGUGGAACAUGACUGGAAGAUGGUCUAUUUGGCCCGUAAAGAAGGAAGCCCAGCUCAUCAUGAGGGCAUCAUCGAGUGGAAGCUGCGUGUUCCUUCAGAGGAGUAUGUUAUUGGAAAGGUCUCGCUGUUCGCCAAUCUUGUUUCACACUCUGUCGACAGUAUGGCUGUGUUUACUUUGUGUUCUGGGUUUGACACCGAAUCCGCGGAACCGGCCGCAGGUUGUUCUACGGCUACUACCUCUGCUGCAGGAAUCUCUGUUCCUCUCUCACCCGGCUCAGAUCCACUGUUCAGCAUCACGCAGUUCCAAGGAUGUAAACAAAUUGCCCUAAAGGGUCGCCUCUGGACAAAGACUAACUCGGAUGAAGAGCGGAAUCCAGUUGCUUGGCAACAAGCGCAGUUGUUCCGACAAAAGCACAACGAUUCCGGCGUUUGGUCGCUCGAAUGGAAGGUGGAAUUGGUCAGGAAGCAGUCGAACCCGGUAGAACCGUAGUGUUCAGUGUACGGCAGCUCUUUCCAAGUUUAUUCUCUUGCGCUAUUUUACAUGUCCUGGCAGGCUAUUCUCUGUGUUUUAUUCGUAGAACUGAUUGAAUUUUUGUGAUGAAUCGUACCUAUUUUUAUCCUGAAG